UUCUGGAAGAGGGGGCCGAGGUCUGUCGGUGGGUGGCUUCUGCAGCGUGUGGCCCUGUGACCCCACACAGGAGUCCUCCCAGAGCAGCCGAGGCUGAGAACCCGUUGAACCGCUAGGCCUCCACGCAUGCGCUGACCCCAUGGCGGAGGCACCUGUGAACCAAGGCGAGAGCUAUGUGAGCCUGGAGGAUGUGUGCCUGCGUUUCACUGCGGAGGAGUGGCGUCUCCUUGAUGAUGCUCAGAAGCUCCUGUACCACAACGUGAUGCUGGAGAACUUCUCGCUUGUGCUGUCCCUGGGACUUCCGAUUUCCAAAUCCUUCCCAGGAACUCAAGUUUAUCCAUCAUGGCCUUAUUUGCUCCAGAAAAAUAAACAUACGACCACGGAGCCAUCCAUCAAUAUUUAGAGAAAGAAUUGAGAAGAAUUCAUAGAGGAAAUUAAAUUUUGCUGAGGAAG